CUCGCAUAUUUUACAGUUUUUACAGUUAAAAUUACGUGCGAAAUGCCUACGAGCGCUGAUGACAGCCUCCCUCUGGAAGAUUCCGAAGAAUGCGAUGCCUACAUCGCCAAAUUUUUACGGCCCCGAACACACUUGUUCAGUACGGUCAAGCAGGAGAAACAGCGACGCGAGUCCCAUGACAACAAGUACGAAACGGCGGUGCGUAGUAAAGCCAUCAUGCCGUCACAAGCUUCAAAAGUUUACAGAAAGGAGAUGUUUUACUCCACUUCUAAGUGUGAUUCGCGAUUCAUCAACAAUUUGCACACGUUCAACACUUUCGACGGAGGCAGUGGUUAUAGCGAAGCCUCGCCGCACUAUGCGAUGGAUUUUGUUAAAAACAAAGGAUUCGCUGAUGACGAAAUGGCCGGGCAUUUGAAGAGUCUUGAGGUUUCAAGGAAAAUGACUGAAAACGUCAAAUGGCUCAAUGAUAAUCGCAACGACUUGAAGACCGCACUCAGAAGGUCGAAUUCGUGUCCAGAAUUCCCCAUCGACAGGGAUCGCGAGAAAAUUACGACAUUACGAAGGAAUGAAAAGAGAAAUGAGAACGCCAAAAUUUCGAAUUUCGACGCCUCAUUUGUUCCGGAGCUCUGCUGCUCAGAUGACUAUCCUUCGAUUCUCUGUUCAAUUGCGACUGCAUUCAAAACCGUUGUCUCACGUGUCAACGCCCAAUCAAUCGGAAGCGGCGAGCUGAAAAUCGCAAAAGUUCUGUGCUCUACUGAAGAUCUGUUCGCAUAUGUGAUCCCUAAACGAUUCAAUACCCGCGAUGCUUUGUUUGCCUUUUCGAAUCAAUUCAGAGCGUGGCUCGAAUACAAGCCUAAUGUCCAGCUUUACACUCACUAUCGCUUCAUAAACGUGAUACUGUAUCUCGAAGAGUUUAAGCACGAGAGAACGGAAUUCCGAAGGGCACGCCAUGUCUGCAAUCUGAAAAGCCGCAGAAAUCAUGGAUUAUUUCUGGAGUUGGAUACGGGAAUGCUACGUGUGGUGGAAAUUACGCCGGAAAAAGUCAGAUUUUUAGCGAAUUCCUGGGCUCAUAAUCCGUCAGCGAUUGUCGAGGUUCGAUUCGACGGGGUGAAGAACGAGAAGGAUAUCUCGGAGGAAAUACAAGCAAUCCGAAAUACUGGCCGAGCUACGAUGAUUUCAUUUGACAGAGAGCACCGCGAGCAUAUGAAUGGCAAAUGGCCAAAUCCAAGAACCUGGAGCUCGUUAGGAACGGUUGUGCUUCGUAGAGAGUGCACACAUCACAAGGAUCAUUCGAAGCCACCACUGACUAGGCUUUUCUGCGAAGACAGGGAUUGUAUUGGAUUGUGCUCAACGGGUGAUUAUUUCAAAGUACCGAUUCCCGAAGAGCCGAAUCCGUCUCAUGACAAGCUUGUCGAGCUCAGAGCCCGUUUUGCAUCAGAACGUACACUUGGAUAUACAGACAGAACACCGAUUGCAGCUUAUAUCCUACCGAACACGGAUGCUCACCAGAAUGAACUAAUUCCGGACUUCUUCUCUCGCGUGCAGUUCUUGAAUGGGUACAGCGGACCAAGUGGACUCGCCAUCAUUACACUGAAUGAAGCGAUGUUUUGGGUUGAUAAUGGCCUACUCAAGUCUGCAGAAAGCCAGGUUGAUGAUCGAAGUUGGACGGUCAAGGAGUAUCAAUCAGUGGAAGAGGUGAUCAAUUGGUUGGCGAAGAUUUUGCCGCCAAAAUCAAAAGUCGGCUUCGAUCCAACACUCGUCAGCUAUACUUGGCAUCAACAGGCUCUUCAGUCCAUGACUUCCGAUCGAUUCGAGCUUGUGGCGAUUCCAGGGAACAUUGUAGAUGAAAUAUGGAGAAUGCGUCCAUUUCAACGAGGCGAUGUUGUGAAGAUGCUGGAUAAAAAUACACCUGAAAUUCCAGUUCAUGUGAAAAUCGACCGACUUCGGAAAUCCCUCAAGCCAAACAAGUGCCUGGCAGCCGUAAUCACAUCACUUGAAGAUAUCAUGUGGUUGCUCAACAUUCGUGGAAACGAUCUUCCGUACAAUCCUGUCACAUAUUCUUACCUCUUCAUUACCAUGUCCGAUGUACGUCUAUUCAUCGAUGCAAAGAGAUUGAACGAUGUAUCGAAAGCAUAUUUCGCCCGUCAGAGUAUCGAUGUAGAUGAUUAUAAGGCUGCUUCGCCUUAUAUUUAUGACUGGAUCUCAGCGACAAAGAGCAGUUUUGCCGAUAAGAAAAUCCUCAUUUCACCGGAAACAAAUUACUUGAUUGGACGUUUAAUCGGAGAAGAUCAUUCGAUGAUUGAUCCGUCGAUUAUGGAGAGGAUCAAGAAAAUCAAGAAUACAGAUCAGCUGAAAGGAAUGAGAGCGAGCAAUCUUCGAGAUAGCAUCGCAAUUGUUGAGUUUCUGUGCAAGUUUGAGAAGGAACGACGCGACGGCUAUACGUUCACAGAAUACGAAUUGGCAGCAGACAUUGAGGAAGUAAAAACACGGAAUCGCGAGUAUAUUGGCUUAAAGCAGCCAACAAUAUUCUCCGCAGGCGAACACUCUUCUGUGCAUGCUCAUCGGCCGGAUGCUCAGAAGAUCGUCUUUCACUACCAACAAUUCAUGUUUCAAACUGGAAGUCAUUACACGGACGGAGCGACGAACUGCGCAAGAACAAUUUGGGAUUCAUAUCCAACCGAGGAAUUCAUGAAUCAAUACACGCUUGUCCUCAAGGGCCAUAUCCGUUUAGCAAGUGCGAGCUUUCCGAAAACUCUCACCUAUGGGAGCCGGCUCGACAUUUUCGCAAGGAUUGCACUUUGGGAUGCUGGAUUGGAUUAUGAUCAUGAAACUGGGCAUAGCGUUGGCCAUUUUUUGAAUAUUCGCGACACACAGAUAGUGAUAGGCCGUGAACCAUACUCUAGCAAUAGUAUAAUCGAGGCUGGACAAGUGAUGACAAUUGAGCCGGGAUACUACUCCGAAGGAAUGUAUGGGAUUCGAAUCGGCAAUUGCUACGAGACGGUCGAUGUCACACUGUCGCAAAAUGAUCAGUAUUUCCUACGUUUCGAGCCCCUCACGUUGAUUCCAAUCCAAACUUCAAUCGUCAACAAGGAUCUUCUCACUUCCGAAGAAAUCAAUUGGCUCAACAAAUAUCACUUCAAAGUCUUCUCCAAAAUUGGAUACAUCCUUCGAAAAGAAAACAGGAUGGAAGAAUAUGACUGGCUCUUCAAUGCAUGCCAGCCGAUCUAGAGCAUUUUUAAUUGUUUUUAAGUUAUUUUCGUAUUAAUGUUCGUAUUCGUUUUAUUGUAAUCGUCGCCUCGGCUUCGAUCGAUCUCAUUUUUAAAGUACCCGUAUUUGUUUUUCGUUUUAUAUUUUUUGCCUGUUCUAUGAAUAUUUUGAAUUUUUUUUUGGAUUUUAGGAGUUGUUAAGAAUCAAAUAAAGCUUUUUAUAAUCAAGUAAA